AUGCCCGGCGCUGGCUCGAGAGGCAUGAGCCUCUUGGCUUGGAUCGUCAUCUUUACCGUUGUCGAUGCCUCGUUCUUAUGUCUGCGGGCUUGGUCUGCGAGAGUGAUGAAAAGGUCAUUUUACUGGGAUGACGGAAUGAUCAUCUUUGCGUUUGCCAACAUUAUUGCGCUGGAAGGCGUUGUCAUUUGGGCCAUUUACAAUGGCUUGGGCAAACACACUAGUGAAUUGAAUCAGGAUGAAUAUGGUCUCAUUCUCGCCAGUGGUGUCACAUGGCUCCUGGGAACCGUCUUCAUCAAGAUGGCCAUCCUGUGGCUAUAUACUAGAAUCUUUUCCACCGCAAAGUUCAAGCGCUGGUCGUACAUCCUCAUGGGCGUGACGGGCGCCUACGGCGUCGCGUUCCUCAUCCUGUUCAUGAGCAGAUGCUCGCCCAUGUCGCAGCAAUGGGCGCCCGUCGAAGGCGGUCACUGCCGCGACAUCACAGUCGACCAGCUCAUUUCGGUGACCAUCAACAUCGUGGUCGACAUCGCCAUGACCGCACUGCCGAUGCCGGCGCUCUGGGGUCUUCAGAUGCCCCUGAGGAACAAGGUUGCCGUCAGCGCCAUGUUUGGCAUGGGCGCCGCAACAAUCGCAAUCAUGAUUUGGCGUCUCAUCAACACGAUCACUACUAUCGGUGACGUCGACUUCGUCUACAACCUCCACGACAUCGGCCUCGUCAGUCUCCUCGAGCUAUGGAUCGGCAUCAUCAUCGCCUGCCUGCCGACCCUCGGCCCCCUUUUCAAGACAUACAUCAAGCCGGCCGUCGCCAAGUUCGGCUCCAAGCUCACAAACCCUUCGACCGACAAAGGCCAGAUCAACCUCAAGGAUCUGACGAACAGCAGCGGCGGCAACAGCGCUCGACAUCCCCGUCGGACGUACGACAAACUGGGCGAUAACACUUCCGUUGUGGACCUCGAGCGCGCCGAGCUGACGACAAAGUGCCAGUUUUCCCCGGGAACCGAGGCGCCCAUGGGAAGCAAGCCGGUCAUCUACGUCCAUCAGGACAUUGCGUCGCAGGAGUCUUGGAAGCGAGGGGGGGCGCAGGCUUGA